AUGCGUGAAAGAAAACAUGCAGCGAUACUUUUGUACUUAGCAGUGACACCGGAUAAGAACGGUUUUUCGAUCAGGAAUUUGAUCAGGAACACUUGGGCAAUAGAAGCUAAACAUAAUGAUAUUGAGGUAAUCUUUUCCAUUGGUAUCAGAACAGAGGCAGAAUUAUAUCAAACUGACAAUACCGAUGCCAUUUUCCAGGAAAACAUGCAGUUUCAUGAUAUCUUAUUGGCAAAUUUUGUUGACAAGUGGGAAAAUUUGUUGCUGAAAUGGUGGAGCAAUAAUUACUAUCACAGUUCACGAUGUUCACAGAUUCCAUUAAUGGCUAGCAUGGAUUCAGAUGCUGUAUUAUUUGGUGAAAAUUUGAAAAAAUUACUUGAUAAUGCGAAUGAUACUUUUGAUGGAUAUUUAGGAUGUACGAUACUUUCGAAGCAGCCUAUUAUACGUGAUAGUUUUGAUCGAUAUUACGUGAACGAAUUGCAAUGGCCUGGAAAAGUGUUUCCUGAUUAUUGCAGUGGAACGAUGAUUAUUGAAGAUGUUCAGACAUGUAAGAAAAUUUCAUACGUGAUACCUCAACUCGGUAUUCACUAUAUAACCGGAUUUCGAAUUUUCGAUGUUCUUACCGGACCAGUUGCUCAAGCGGCUGGAUUAAAACUUCGAAACAUUCCUGGAAUACUGCCUUGGUUGCCUGUCAAUGAUAUUUGUCAUUCGCUCAUUCUUGUCAUCCAUCCAGUUGAAGCGGAGAAGUUAGCCGCUUUCUUCUAUUACAGAUAUAUACCAUAUAUGAGUGCAAAGAAAUUGAAUUUUCUAACUCGAACUUAUAAUGACAUCAAACAUUUCUUCCUGACAUGA